UUCUUUUGUUUCGUUGGAUGGUGUUUGUUUUGCAAACUAACGCCUACUACUUUUCUGAUACAAGUCCAGCCAUCAAUCAUUUUCUUGGAAUCGAUGAGAGUCCAAAGGGACUCUUUAUGAUUUCAGUCUUCAAAGGAGAACCCACUCAAGUUGAAAGAAUAGAAUUAUUAUAAUAGCCACCAGAGAUAUUGCACUUUGUGUUCGAACAUGUUCAGAACUCUGAUGUUAGAAACACAAUUCUAAUUCAGUUUCACUACGGCACGGGCUGAUGACCUGCGUGUAAAGCUAUCAUAACUACAUUGUGCAUGUAGAGCUCUCUGUUGCGAGGGUAUUGUAUUUUAGUUGGCAAGUCGAUGUGGUCGUCAGGUCGAGAGCUAGCGGCGUUGUGCACAGCUGCACGUCAACUGGAAGAAUAAUAAUCUGAGUGAAUUGGAAAGUGAUCCUUUUGACGAGAAUCAUGUCGGCAAGCUCGAGUCAGUUUAUUGACCCUGAGUUCAAGAGCAGUGUAUUCAAGAAGCGUCACCGUGUUGAGGAGUUGUUCGACUUUGAAGGCUGCAAAGUGGGGCGUGGAACCUAUGGCCAUGUGUACAAAGCGAAAAGCAAAAGCUCGAGCGAUACGCGAGAGUAUGCAUUAAAGCAAAUCGAAGGCCGUGGAUUGUCUCCUUCAGCAUGCAGAGAAAUUGCUCUGCUACGAGAGCUGGACCACCCCAACGUACUGCACAUGAGACGCGUCUUCCUGUCGCACGCCGAUUCGAAAGUGUGGCUUCUCAUCGACUACGCCGAGCAUGACCUAUGGCACAUCAUCAAGUAUCACAGAGCCACCAAGUCUCCCAAGCGACUAAACCCUCCCCCACCGCUAAUGGUCAAGUCGUUGCUGCACCAGAUCCUGGCUGGCAUGGACUACUUGCACUGCGGCUGGGUUCUACAUCGCGAUCUGAAACCUGCAAAUAUCCUGGUCAUGGGUGAAGGUGCGGAGCGAGGUAGAGUCAAGAUAGCCGACAUGGGCUUUGCGCGCUUGUUCAACGCUCCGCUAAAACCACUUGCUGAUCUGGACCCUGUGGUGGUUACGUUUUGGUACCGAGCACCGGAGCUGCUUCUUGGAGCUCGCCACUAUACCAAAGCCAUUGAUAUUUGGGCAAUUGGCUGUAUAUUUGCUGAGCUGUUGACGGCUGAGCCGAUCUUCCACUGCCGUCAGGAGGACAUCAAGACUAGCACUCCUUAUCAUAAAGAUCAGCUGGAAAGGAUUUUCUCUGUCAUGGGGUUUCCCCAAGAUCGUGAAUGGGAAGACAUGAAGCUUAUGCCAGAGUACAAUUCUCUGAUGAAGGACUUCAACCGGGAACGCCGUACUAACUUUCAAGCCAGCAGCCUGAGCAAGUACAUGGAGAAAUUCCAGGUGAAUCGUGAUUCGAAAGCAUUUCACCUGCUGCUGAAAAUGUUGACGAUGGACCCGUUGAAGCGCGUUACCGCAGAGCAGUGCUUAAAAGAUGAUUACUUUAGAGACGACCCGCAGCCAGAGAAUGAUGCAUUUCAUGGAAUGAAGAUACCUUACCCGAAACGGGAAUUCCUCAAUGAAGACUCCGACGACAAAGACAAGAAAAAGCCGGCCAAGAAAAUCACGGUGGCCGCGUCAAGCGAUGCGCCGCCAGCCAAGAGGGCGUGCACGGAUCCAUCCAUGGUGUCAGCUGCUGGACGACAGGCAUAUGUGUCUGGAACUUCGUCGGGAACGCAUGCUCCGAUGAUGCAGUAUCAGAAGGCCUCUCAACAGCAGCACGCCCAACAUGCCCAGCAGCUACAGCAUCAGGGCCUGGCACACUUUCCCGACAAUCAGUAUGCUAUUGGACAUGCUCAUGCUCAGCAGCAGCAGCAGCAGCAGCAGCAACAGCAACAGAAAAGGCACUGGUAGUAGUAUUGAUGGACACGGCAGUCUGGAUAUUCUGUGCGCCUGUUGAUACCACUCCCUAUCUCUAAGGCGCACGGUCAGUUGGCAUGUGUGACUACAGGUGAAGAUCUGCAUUGUCAUCUCAAGUGAGUGGGGCUUUACACUGGCACUUUCUUACUUAGAUCAUACCGAGCUCACACGUGCUGCUAUUCUCACUUCGCAAGAUCGCUUUCUUCUGACUCCCUGUGCGUGUGAGGCUGCGGAGGCGCCCAUCUGUCUCGUAAUUAUGAGGAUUUACUCUGGCCAGUAUAUCUUUUUGCGAGCUUCAUCAUACCCCGGACGCGAUCCCGAACUCCGUGACAGAGUGUUUUCCCUGCUGACUUCACUAGUUGAUUGUGCCGUAUUCGGUCUCUUGAUUUUUGCCAGACCAGUGAUCCUGCUCCUGAUUUCCUUUUUCUUUCGCUAGGAGAAUGGGAUUCUGAAUGGGAUUCGUUGAAAAGCCGCACCCUCUGUGAACUUGUGAUGAACUCCUUUUGCCUCAUUGGAACGCAUAAGUACACAUUUCUCCAACUUCACUGUGUGUAGCACCGCUUUUUGAUGCAGCGCACGCACGCAAGUCACCCAUACCUGCACAUGUCGUGUUGCACAGCCAUAUUAUAGUUAGAACUUAAAAGACAUCCUUUUAAAAUGUUCUCAUCAUUUUCAAAUUUGCCUAGAUACUAUUUUCGCACAAUAACUAUUCCAGGAUGUAUUCGACAUUCGUGGUACACAUAAUCCCAGUGUAUUGUAUUUGUUUUUAUUCUACAUCGCAAGUCAAACGGACAAUCAUGUCCAAUGUUAUGAUGACGAUGUUUUGUAGUGUUGAUGUACUCCUUGCACCCCUGACUGCAGUAUUCACAGUCUACUUGCUGUAGACUUAGGUUGGGCACUACUUCUUAUCUCUCCCAUAAAACCUUUUUUUUAGAGGCACCAUUUGCACAGUGGUUGAACCGUACUUUAUCUUAUCGCCCCAUACUCUUUUUGUUUCAUUCACAGCCUUUGCUGGUCAUCUUGUUGGCUGUCCUUGUUGAUAAGUGAAAUGUACACGUCCUGCCUGUAGUUGUUUGGUUACUUUUGUUUGGAGUUGACCUCCAUGACGUGUAUUCACUCUCUUGUCUCUCAUCUUGUUGACAUGUGCUCUUAUCUUUUGUGUGAGAAAUAUAAUACAACUGAAGGAAAGGUGCUGUGAAUCUA